CCUCCUCCAAGUCUGUUUUCGGAAGGAGGGGUGAUUGCCCUGAGUGAGGUCAAGAGCUGGCACUUUGAAAGUUUUCUGCUGCAGAAGAAUAACAUCUAUUUUAGAACGUCGGUCACUGCAGUUUGAAAGUACCAAUAUCAGCUAGGCGCUCACAAAGAGGAAAAACAAGGGUUUUAUCCAUUCCUGCAUUUUAGGAGUUGGCUGAAAAAGUUAUCUGUCCAAAGAGAUUGUGCACUGAUGCAUAAGCAGGAAAAGCCAAGACAAAGAAAAACAACAAUUUCCUGUGUUUUUAAUGACUUUUAAAACCCGGACCAGAGGCAUAUUGCUUGUUUGUGAAAUGUGAAGAAGUGUCUUCAUACCAAUAAUAUAGCCAUAUCUUCCAGGAGAAAAAGCAUCUUUCAUUUUAAAAAAAUAUGUCCUUUUUUUUUUUUUUAACCUGAAUCUAAUGUGAGUUUCUUCUGGAGAAAUUUAUUCAACAGUUAAGCAGCGUGUCGGGUAAAAAGGAGCAGGACCCACAUGUCAGUGGUCUAGGAUGGCCAGUGAAGGUUCCAACAUCCCAAGUCCUGUGGUGCGUCAGAUUGACAAACAGUUUCUGAUCUGCAGCAUAUGCCUGGACCGUUACAAGAACCCCAAAGUACUUCCCUGUCUGCACACUUUCUGUGAGAGGUGCCUACAGAAUUACAUUCCAGCCCACAGCUUAACCCUUUCCUGCCCAGUCUGCCGCCAGACAUCCAUCCUACCAGAGAAAGGGGUUUCUGCACUUCAGAACAACUUCUUCAUCACCAACCUGAUGGAUGUCCUGCAGCGAACUCCAGACAAUAGCAUUGAGGAGUCUUCCAUCUUGGAGACUGUCACAGCUGUUGCCGCAGGGAAACCACUCUCCUGUCCCAAUCAUGAAGGCAAUCUGAUGGAAUUUUACUGUCAGUCUUGUGAGACAGCCAUGUGCCGGGAAUGUACAGAAGGAGAGCAUGCAGAACAUCCCACGGUACCUCUCAAAGAUGUAGUAGAACAACACAAGGCUUCUCUUCAAGCACAGCUAGAUGCUGUCAACAAAAGGCUGCCAGAGAUUGAUACUGCACUUCAUUUCAUUUCUGAAAUUAUACAUCAGCUGACCAACCAAAAGACCAGCAUUGUAGAUGAAAUUCAUUCCACUUUUGAUGAGCUUCAGAAGACUUUGAACGUCCGCAAAAGUGUGCUGCUUAUGGAACUGGAAGUGAAUUACGGCCUUAAACAUAAAGUCCUACAGAAUCAGCUUGAUACCCUACUGGAGGGACAGGAAAAUAUUAAGAGUUGUAGCAACUUUACAGCUCAAGCACUUAACCAUGGAACUGAAACUGAAGUCUUGCUUGUAAAGAAGCAGAUGAGUGACAAGCUGAAUGAGUUGGCUGUCCGAGACUUCCCAUUGCAGCCCCGUGAAAAUGAUCAGCUGGACUUCAUAGUGGAAACAGAAGGGCUGAAGAAGUCCAUUCAUAAUCUUGGUACUAUUUUAACCACAAAUGCUGUUGCUUCUGAAACAGUGGCCACUGGAGAAGGACUAAAGCAAACUGUGAUAGGACAGCCUAUGUCAGUCACCAUCACUACCAAGGACAAAGAUGGGGAGCUCUGUAAAUCUGGGAAUGCUUACCUCACAGCUGAGCUGAGCACUCCUGAUGGGAGUGUGGCAGAUGGAGAAAUACUUGACAAUAAAAAUGGCACUUACGAAUUUUUGUAUACUGUCCAGAAAGAAGGGGACUUCACUCUUUCAUUGAGACUCUAUGAACAGCAUAUUAGGGGCAGCCCAUUCAAACUCAAGGUAAUCAGGUCAGCAGAUGUGUCCCCCACCACUGAAGGAGUUAAGAGGCGCGUUAAGUCUCCUGGUAGUGGCCAUGUGAAGCAGAAGGCUGUAAAAAGACCAGCUAGUAUGUACAGCACUGGCAAAAGGAAAGAGAACCCCAUUGAAGAUGAUCUGAUCUUCAGAGUAGGUACCAAAGGGAGAAACAAAGGGGAGUUUACAAAUCUUCAGGGAGUAGCUGCAUCUACAAAUGGAAAAAUAUUAAUAGCAGACAGCAAUAAUCAAUGUGUACAGAUAUUUUCCACGGAUGGCCAGUUCAAGAGUCGUUUUGGUAUCCGGGGAAGGUCUCCUGGUCAGCUACAGCGGCCUACAGGAGUGGCUGUGCAUCCUUGUGGUGACAUCAUUAUUGCUGACUAUGAUAAUAAAUGGGUUAGCAUAUUCUCCUCUGAUGGGAAAUUUAAGACAAAAAUUGGAUCUGGAAAACUCAUGGGACCAAAAGGUGUUUCUGUGGAUCGCAAUGGGCACAUCAUUGUAGUGGACAACAAAGCCUGUUGUGUCUUUAUCUUCCAGCCCAAUGGGAAAAUAGUGACCAGGUUUGGAAGCCGAGGCAAUGGAGACAAACAGUUUGCAGGCCCUCAUUUUGCAGCUGUUAACCACAAUAAUGAAAUUAUUAUUACUGAUUUCCACAAUCACUCUGUCAAGGUGUUUAACCAGGAAGGCGAAUUCAUGUUGAAGUUUGGCUCAAAUGGAGAAGGAAAUGGGCAGUUCAAUGCUCCAACAGGAGUAGCUGUAGAUUCUAAUGGAAACAUCAUUGUAGCAGAUUGGGGAAACAGUCGAAUACAGGUUUUUGAUGGAAGUGGAUCAUUUUUAUCGUAUAUAAAUACAUCUGCUGACCCACUUUAUGGUCCUCAAGGUUUGGCCCUUACUUCAGAUGGUCACGUUGUAGUUGCAGACUCUGGCAAUCAUUGCUUCAAAGUCUAUCGAUACUUACAGUAACCGCUGGAGCUGGAUCAUGCUCAAGAAGUUAUUGGCUUCUGAGGGGCAACGUAGCUCUUUUUGUGUGAAGGAUAUCUACUCCUAAAUAUUUCAGUUUUAACACCAGAGGAGUCUCCAGUUUUUUGUUUUAUUUCCAAACCUACCUUGUUUACAUUGGACUUGCACCUCAUAUGUUCCGCACUGAAGGAUUAAUAAAUAAGACCCUCUUCUCCCGCCCCCUCUCCAGUCUGAAUUCACAAAGACAGUGGAAUACUAGAAAUGUGAACUGUGGCUUGUAGAUCAGGCACUUAUAUAACUUGACUGACUAAUUUCGUGAAGGAGGGGAAAAUUUUUAAAAGCUACCUUAUUUAAAGGGGCUUAUUCAACAUGUGAAUGGGAGCGCUUGUUUAAAACUUCCAAAUUUGAAAGUUGUUAAUGUCAAGCAUUAUUUAACCCAGCAGGAAGUCUGGGAAACUUCUAGAUCACAUUGUUAUAGUAGGUAUUACACUUGUAACAUUCUUCAGUCUUAGUAACUGUAAUAAGUAGUUUCUUUUAGUAAUAAAGAGAUAUGGUUAACUCUUCCUGUACUAGCUAUCAGACCUAACACAUCUUAAUCAAUGCAAAACUUCCUGUCCUGUAUGGGAUUGAUGUACAUGUUUAUCAACUUUCCUACUGCUCUCUGUGUUGGAAGGCUUUCCCAGGAACCUGAAACUUCUAAAACUCUGGAAAUACACUCUUAUAGGGAUCAUGUUAACAUCAGACUGAUUCAAUAGCCAAUUAAGUUAAACGUCUGCUGAUCUAACGUCACAGAUUCAUACAGGUACUUAUUACAGUUGUGAAAAUAGACCAUUUUGUUCAGUUACUCAUUUUCACAUGGGGUAACAAGCCACACAUGGAUUCCAUCAGAGAACUAUCUUGUACAACCAAAGGAAGUUUGGUGGUUGACAGUAUUUGAGGGUAAAAACAAAGGGUUACCAAAGCAGACUUUUUUUUAAAUUCCAAAAACAUUGAGCAUAAAAUCAAUAAUGAGUGUAAGAUGCCUAAAGAGGGUUUUCAAAUCCAGUUCAUAAUUUUCUUCAUCAUAUGUGUAUGUAAUACGAGAACAAAGAAUGAGGAACGUAAAUAUAGGUGAUUUGAUCAACCAAAAAUACUUACAGCCCUUUUGUGUGAGAGGAUAGUCCAAAAGUGUUUCUCCUCUCCCACACCCCCAACUUCCCACAUGCGUCUUGCAACUUAAACUCAUUAGAUUCACAUCAGUAUGCUCAACAUGUUUCCUGUUGUGUUUUAAGUCAUUUCCAGCAAUGAUAAGGAGCAUCAAUUUGGAAUACCUUUUACAUCAAGUGAGUAGAAAACAAAUUUGUUAGCAAGCCUUGUGAGGUCGUGUACUGUCUCCAGCCGUAUGCAAGAAGACGUGGUGAUCAGUGUGGCUCCAGUAUCUGAAAUAAUCUUGCAUUUGUUCUUGUUCAGUCAGGCUAGCAACAUAAUAUCUGCCAGACUGAACAUCUGGGGUGGGUAGAAUCCAAUAUGAUGCUUAUUUAUAUAAUGAAUCCAUCUAGAAGACUUGCAAAAGAAAAACAAUGACAGAGCCAGCCCUUAAUUCAACAGCUAGAAAAUUAACUUAGGCAUCGAUUAGCAAUGUUUGCAGUCUUUUAUUCCUUCUCUGUAAGAAUAACAUAACUUCACGUACUGUUUAAAAUAAUCCUCUUAAAAUGAGUAUCACCAAGAAUCUAAUUUUAUAGUUCCUGGAUGAACAAACAAGUGUCUGGAAAGGCAAUUGAUACUGUUAGUCUUGGACACUGAACCAUUUUGAAUGCUAUUUAAAUUCUGUGGGGAAAAGGAAUAUCCUAUUUAUGAUUUUAUGUGUAUUUAUUAACCAUGUAAACAAACAAAAACCUUAAGCUGUCUCAACAUUGUUAUUGAGCUUCUAAUGUAAAGGAACUCACAAAAUCUUACAUUAUUGCUAUAGACUUUUCAAGACACAUUCUCAAAUCAAUCUGACUUACAAGUUUUAGAUGCUUGUGCUUUUAUACAGAUGUUCUUGUGACAAAACAAAAUCUUCACUUGAAUUUAAAAAAGGGUACUAAGCCAAAUCCUUCAAUGAUCUAAAUAGGAAUUAGAAGUACUGCCCACCAGGUUUUCUCUUCUCUUCUAGGGAAGACUUGUGGUCUUUUGUACUCCUGCUUAAUUUAAGGAACUUGUGUAGAAGCAGGUCCCAGUGAAUUGUAUAAGGGAAACAUCAGAACCUACAUUGUUUAACUGACACAGAGAGGCCAUUUCAUGCAUGCAGACAUGUCCAAGCUUUCCCAAAAUAAUAGUUUCUUAAUUCUAGUAAAUAAUAACUUAGUAAUGCUGUACGUACUACCUUGCAUCAGAUUUGAAUUAUUGCUUCUUUCCUUUCCAACAAAGCUAACACAUGUUAAGGGGUUAUGUGGCCUUCCCCUCGAUAACUUUUUAGAUCCUGGUUCUUCCUUGAUGAAUUGUUAAGACUCUGUAAAAUCUAUUGGUGAUGCACACUAUUAUAAACUGGUGCUAGUCUGGAACCCUGUUAGAUUGCAGAUCCUUGCCAGAUGCCAUUGAAAGCUUAACAGCAUCAGUCAAAUGGGCACAGGGCAAAAAUAGACUGGUGUAGCAAUGAGCAUCUGAAAAUUAGCUAGCAAUAAUCAAAGUGUUUCUUGUUCACCAGUUUUCUAAUGCUUAUUGCUAAAAAAAGCAGGAAAAAACCACCAAAACAUUUCUGCCCUGUGCCCAGUUAACUGAUCAAAGAUUUCUCAAAACGACUGCCACUACAGAAAUGUAACAUUUUUUAAAAGAACAUUUUUUGUUCCUGACGAGUCAGAAUUACAGUGUUUGUUCUGCUGAAUUAAUAGCUAAUAUCUGAACAAAUAUCUGGUACAAACAAGUCAGACUCAACCCUGCUACUCUGCCAAAUCCACAGUUACAACGGCACAUCUUCCUUGCAAAUGUAGGCUGGAUUAACAGUCAGAAAUUGCCCCAGGGAUUCUUGGUAAUAUUAGUUUAGGUUUGCACUAUAGACAUCCCUCUUUUGUCAGGUGGUGCUCAAAGGUGCAGUAAGGAGUGGUAAAACAUCACGAGCAGUGCAAGUGCACAUGCAUUUAUUCAAAGCAAAUAGUUGCUGGAAAUCUAAAAAUACUGUCAAUUCAUUUUUGGAUAUACUCAUUGUAUAUUGAAGGGGUGUUUUUUUAACUAAAAAAGAAAAAAAUACUAGUGAAGUUUUUACACUGAUUUAAAGUUUCAGUAAUGUAAGAAAAAAAUGGUCUACUGUUGUUGAACUUCGUAAACAUUACAGGGCUUUCAACUUUACAGCUAAUUUUUCUUUUAAUAAUUAAGGAUCUAGUGUUGCCAUACUGAAAACAAGUGCCCAUUAAGUUAUGCUUGUUGUGUGCAAAAAUGGUGGUUGUGGUUGUUGUUUUUUAUGGAUGACAGCAGGGAACAAAGUGAUCAUGUCCACUGAAAAUGCUGUUAAAGAUAAACUGUGAUCAAUGAUUUAAGAAGUUUGUUUUUUGGAGAAUGUAUGGAAGAUGUUUGUACUGUAGUGUAGGAUGAUCCCAAAAUGGUGGUAGUUUCUGAUGAAUGUACACUUCAAUGGAUGUUUGUGAGCAACACAGCCUUAACCCUGAUGCUUUUCUUUUUUUUUUGCUUUAUGACAUGGGAAUGUUCCAUAAUGUGCAUUGUGCAUUGUAAUAUCCCUGCGCUAGAAUUGUUUCAUAUGUUGUACUCUUCCAGUCCUUGGAAUGAAUGAUUUAUUUUAUUUUGUACAUUCCAUCUUUAUAAGCCAGUUUCAUAUGUUUUGUGUAAAGAAUGCUAUAAAGGCUUGCACUUUCUGAAAAUGAUGCUGAAGGAUCUUAGUUAUUUUUCCCCACCAGAGUCAUGCACCCUCUCCUGUUUAGAAGAAAGAUAAACUUGUCAAGUUAAGGCUGAGGAUGAAAGCUGUUCAUUGAAGACUGUUUGUGUGUAGGUUUAGCUUCAUGUGUGCCAUGGCAUUUUUAUGCUUUAUCCUACAAAGAAAGCUUAAAGAAAAAUUUACCUUGUGUUGGAACGAUAAGAAAAUCCAGAGUCAAAUGUGUUGUAUCUUUUAUCAUGCACACACCCACCCAAAUAAAAAUAAAUGAAUAA